AUGACAUUUAAGCCUUCAAAAUCUAUUCAAGAGUAUCCCGUGCAUGGGCUUAUGCCAAAGCAAGAUACACAAGCUGCCAGCUUCAUUAAGAAGUAUCCCAAUUACGAUGGCAGAAACACUGUGGUAGCUAUCCUCGAUACAGGUGUUGAUCCUGGAGCCGCUGGUAUGCAGGUCACUACUGACGGGAAACCUAAAAUGAUUGAUAUUGUGGAUUGUACUGGAGGAGGUGAUGUCGAGACGAGCAAAGUUGUAAAGCCAACCAUUGAGGAUGGUAAAAAGGUCAUUGAGGGCCUGAGUGGACGCAAGUUGAUCUUGGGUGAUUGGACUAACCCCAGUGAUGAGUAUCGCAUUGGUCUCAAGCGUGCAUAUGAGCUGUUUCCUAAUGAUUUGUGCUCCAGAAUCAAGGCUGAACGUCGCCAAAACUUUGUUAAGAAGCAAUCUGGCCUUUUGAGCGAAGCACAAACCAAACUUGCAGAAUUCAACAAGAAGCCUCAAGACGAAAAGACAGACGACACCGAAAAAGCCGAAUUAGAGGCUCGUGUUGAAAUCUUGAAAGACUUGAACAAGAACUACGAAGACCCCGGUAUUCUUCUGGAUUGUGUUGUCUAUUUUGAUGGAAAGGACUGGAGGGCUGUCAUUGAUGUGAAUGAGUCUGGAGACUUGAGAGACCAACCUUGUUUGACUGAUUACCGCAAGGAACUCAAAUAUCACACCUUUGGAAAGGCUGAUUUGCUCAAUUUCUCUGUCAAUAUUUAUAAUGACGGUAACAUUCUUAGCAUUGUUACAUUGGCCGGCAGUCAUGGUACUCAUGUAGCUGGUAUCACUGCUGCUAACUUCCCAGAUGAACCUGCAUUGAAUGGUGUCGCUCCUGGUGCUCAGAUCAUCUCUUUGCGUAUUGGAGACUCUCGUCUCGGAUCAAUGGAAACUGGCCCUGGUUUAACUCGUGCCGCCUCUCAUCUUGCCAUGCACAAGGUAGACUUGGCCAAUAUGUCUUACGGCGAAUCCUCUAGUCUCCCUACUGAUGGCCACUUUAUCAAGCUCUUGGCUGAAGAGGCAAUUGGCAAGUCAGGUUGUAUUUUCGUCACCAGUGCUGGUAAUGAUGGUCCUUGUUACAGCUCCAUUGGUGCUCCAGCCGGUAUGGAUGAGAGCUUCAUCACUGUAGGUGCUUAUGUGAAGCAUGCUCAAAUGCAAGCAGAGUACGCUCUUCUCGAAUCCGUAACUGAGCGUCCUUACACUUGGUCUUCACGUGGUCCCACCACUGAUGGCUAUCAAGGCGUGGAUAUUUAUGCUCCUGGCAGUGCCAUCACAAGUGUUCCCGUUUAUGUCUUGAACAAGCUCGAUUUGAAGAAUGGUACCAGUAUGUCUAGUCCUAACGCAUGUGGCUGUAUUGCAUUGCUGGUGUCUGCUCUCAAGGCGGAAAACCAAGAAUACACUCCCUACAGAUUGAAGAAUGCUGUAGUUCAAACAGCCAAAUCAGUAGAUGAUCCUCUCAAUGUUGGAUUCAUUCAGGUUGACAAGGCUUGGGAGUAUCUUGACAGCUUCAAAAACCGUAAAGAUUUAGACUUGCUAUUCAGAGUUACUGUCCAAAAGAGAGGCAGUAAGCGUGGUAUUUAUCUUCGCGAAUUAGAUGAAACCAGCCAAAUUCAAUACAUCACUACCAAAGUGCAACCUCAUUUCAUGAACGAAUUGGAUCCUGAAGACCCCAAGUACAACCAAGCCAAAUUCGAAUAUGAUGUCCGUGUCGCCCUUGUUGCCACUGAAUCCUGGAUCACUGUGCCCGAUUAUCUCUACCUUCAUUCUAGCGGCAAUGCAUUCCAAAUCAAGGUUGAUCCUACUGCUCUCAGCGAAAGUCAAUUCCAUUACGGCCAAGUCCUCGGUUAUGACACUUCUGCCCCUGAGCGCGGUCCUCUCUUUAGCGUCCCUGUAGCUGUCGUCAAGCCAACAGUGCCCUCCCAAGGCUACAUUCAAUACAAAAAUGUCGAGUAUGGUCCCGGUGAUAUCAUUAGACGUUUCGUGCAAGUGCCUGAAGGUGCCACCAGCUGUGAACUUGUCAUCAAAGCACACGCACCUGCUGAUACUGCACCCGCCAGAUUCAUGCUUCAUCUCUUACAGCUUGUGCCCAAGCAAAACCAAAAGAAGAAGCAUACUUAUACCUUCAUGCUGGGCACUGGUUCUUUCGGUGAUCCUGAAUCUGACGACCAAGUCAUCAAGAAGCACUUUUCUGUUCGUGGAGGACUCAAUUUGGAAGUAUGUUUAGCUCAAUUCUGGUCUGGCCUUGGUCAACACGAUGUUGAUUUGAGCCUUAAUUUCCAUGGUGUCCAGAUUGCGGGCAAUCUUGCCAAUGGACAAAGCACGCUUCACUUGGAACCUCAAGUUACUCGAUUAGACAUCUCAAGUCCUAUCCGCAGAGAAGACAACUUGAACGUUAGCGUCUCUUUCAGCAAGUUGCGCAAAUACAUCCGUCCUUCUGAAGCUACCAUCACACCCAUGCUCCCUGAUCGUGAUUUGUUGCCCAACUCUCAUCUACUGUACCAGCUUAUUCUGUCUUAUAACUUUAAGGUUGAUGCUAGCACUACCAUAACUGCUCGAUUCCCAACAGUCAUGAAUCAGCUCUACGAACACUUUUUGGCUGGUGUCUUUGGCAUCAUUUACGACGUCAACAAGAAGAUUGUAGGCUACCUCGAUGUCUUUGACCACGACAUCAAGAUCAGCCAAAAGGGCGAUUACACCAUCAUGCUUCAAUUGUCUACAGAAAACGAGACCGCAUUGGAGAAGUUGAAUGAAACCAUUUUGGAGUUGGAUCUGGAUUUGAAGAGCACUAGUUUCGACACAUUCCAGACCAUGGGCGAUGUCUUUACAAAGGACAGUUCCAACUAUAGCAAGAUUGCUUUGGAGCGCAAGGAUACUAAGGUCUUUUACAUUGCUGCACCUACAGGCAAGGAUGCCAUUCCCAAGGAAGCCAAACCUGGAGAUGCAUUGGUUGGUAAACUCAACUUUUUGGGCGAGGUUGACGGUGGACAGUACAAUGUCUUGUACACUGUUCCUCCCUCUGUCAUUGAGCCAUCUUCUGGAAGCAGCAAGAGCGAUAAGAAGCCCACUGACGACGAACUUGAGCAAAAGUUGAAGGAUGCUGCUCGCGAUUUGGAAAUCUCGUACCUCAAGAAAUUCACUGCUGAUUCUGAAGCCUACAAGGCGCUUUUGAAGAAAUUAGAAGCUGCCUAUCCUGAUGAUGUCAACUUUUUAGAAUCCAAAAUCAAUGCCAUCUGGACUGCCUCAGAAGGUAAAUCCGAUGUAGAUUGCCUAUUGAAGCCCGGUCAAUUAUCAAAGGAGCAAUGCGCUGAGAUUGUCAAGAUUGCAGAUGCCAUCCUUGCCAAGUACAACCAAAGCGAGCUCUUGGAAUUCUACGGUCGCAAGAAGCCUGAUGAUGAAAACGACGAACAAAAAGAAAAGCGCAAGGAGAACGGCGACAAAAAGAAGCAAAUCAUCAAUGCUCUGAAGAACAAGGCUAUGGCAUAUGCUGCUGUUUCAGACAAGGAGACACAUGGCGAAGAUUUGGAGGCUACUGUUCGCUCUUUGCAACAAUGGACAUCGGAUGAUAGCUCCAGUAACAUGUCUUCUUUGCUUAUCAAGGUCAAGCGUGAUCGUGAGGCUGGACAUCCUGCCUCUGCUCUCAAAUCUAUUCAAAAAUAUAUCUCUGAAGCUACAUUUACUGCUGAUACUGUCAAGGAUAUUAGCAAGGCUUGGACUGUGCGCAACGAAUUGUUAAAGGAACUUGAAUGGUCUCUCUGGGCUGAAUAUGAUGACAAGUGGAGUCUCAUUAGACAACCUCCCUAUGGUUUGGCCUUGUUUUAA